UACUCCGCCCUGGAAGCCCGCGAGAACGUCCGCUCCCUGUGCGAGUCGAAGGUGACCCAGUACCACAAUGGCCUACCGGCCGCAGUUCGGAAACCGUUCGCCUUCUAAUGAAAAGUUCCGGAGCGGCGCCGCUUCGCCGCGCGUCGAACAUUUCGAUGGAGAAAUCCCUCCGGCGCUAUCCCCGCUAGAUGCGUUCGCAUUUCAGGGUCGGCUUCUGGCCCGCCAGCUGGAAGACUCGGCGCGAAGGGAUCGACGCAUGAGUCGCCUGCCCCCUUCCAGCGUUGCACGAUCAUUGUCCCGGCCUCGACCUGGCUAUUUUCGAUCCCAGUCGUCUAACGAUGCCCAGAGACCUGAAGGAGGGCUCGCGAGACAACCAACCCAGAGAGCUCGUCCCGAACCAGAAGAACCUCGAUUCCGUCCUCAAUCAGAACACCCUCGGCUAAGCGCUGUAUCCCAUCUCGCAAGUGAGAAAAACUAUUCAGGUGACGAGGAUGAGACACCGAAGAACGAAUCCCAUUCCCCAGCGGUUGAUAACGAAUGUUUCAAAUUCGAUGCGGUGCGAGCUGAAUCACCAGAAGAGGACGUUCAGAUUCAAGCUUCUACGGAAGCGCCACGCCGAUUCUAUGCUGCGUCUCCUACGGGUGUUGCACCCCCUGGCCUGAGCAAGGCUUCUUCAACCGACUCUGUUUCUUCCCGGUUAAAUAUCAAUCGCGGCCUAGCCCCCCCGGCUUCGCCUAUGCUUCGGCCGUCGAGCAGUCCUCGCCUCCAACCAGAAAGCUCGGACGAUGACUACAGCUCCAACGCUGGCUCAACUUUUUCGACUUCGCGCAAACUGUCUUCCGCCAGCGCGAUGUCCAUGCCGCAUUCUCCUAUGCCUUCAACGGCCCGUUCACAUCCUCGAUCACCAUCCAUAAGCUCCGACGCCUCGAAUUCCAGCCAUCUUCCUCGACCAUCCUUCAAUUUCUCACGACCUAUGAGCAGAUCCAGCACGAGUCUUUCUGCACCUAUUGGACUUGGGAUGUCAGAACAAUCGUCUGCCGACACCCAGGGCGUGAUGAACCGCAGUAAUAAGCCUGGCCCCAUUGUUGUGCCAGGGCCUUCGGACAUGCCCACUACGCCCAGUGAUGAGCCUUCAUCAGCAGUCUCGUCGUACAUAUAUACUAAGUACACCCUUCCGCGCGGACGCGGAGUGCCGAGGGAUUCAGUCGUUUUCUCUGGCCUGCAGACGCCCCAUUUUGAAUGGCAGGAACCUCUGUUUGAGAGUCCUGAGCAGCGACCGAAGACUGCUGAGCCGCGGGAAUCUGCCAGAACACCUUCCCCCUCAUCAACUCGUCAAGAAUCGCCAGCUCCGCAAAAAGCAAGAUCGGUAUAUGAGGCUCCGGCGUCGGAUGAUAAACUCCUGACGCCGGUGGUUUCCAGAUCAUCAGCUAAUACUACACCAUUACCUGAUAAGUCUGAACCUGAGAAUGUCUCCCCUCGAGCACGGAGUUCCGAAGUGCCUAGAAAUGAUGAUGUCUCGGAAACGACGUCUUCUGCAGACUCUGCAUCUACACUACGUCCGCAGACCGCAAAGACGGCUGUUCCUUCUGCUGCGAUAACGGCGGAGGAGCACGUUGCAAAAGGCAUUCAGCUCCACGAAAAGGGCUCAUUAAACGAGUCCACUUAUCAUCUACGAGUUGCGGCAAAGCAAGACCACCCUGUUGCAAUGCUGCUCUAUGCCCUAGCCUGUCGACAUGGCUGGGGCAUGCGGCCGAAUCAGCAGGAGGGUGUGCGUUGGUUGCGCAAGGCCAUGGACUCUGUCGGCCUAGAACUAUCUGCCGAAUCCGACCCGAACGUGUCAGCCAAAUCGAAGGAACUGCAGAAGCAAUACCGCGCCCAAUUCGCUUUGAGCGUUUACGAGCUCGGUGUAAGCCAUCUGAAUGGUUGGGGAGUCGAACAAGACAAAGCCCUCGCCUUGCGUUGUUUUGAAACCGCCGGCCGAUGGGGAGACGUUGAUGCACUCGCCGAAGCAGGUUACUGUUAUGCUGAAGGAAUUGGCUGCAAAAAGGACAUGAAGAAGGCGGCCAAGUUCUACCGCGAGGCCGAAGCUAAGGGAAUGAGCAUGGUUGGCAACAGCUGGAUCUAUAAAGAAAAGUACAUGUCAGAUGAUGGGUCAGAUACGCGGUCCCGAGGCCGGGGCCGCCAUGCACACACUCCCGACAAAAAGGGACGCAGCAAAUCACGAACGCGCAGUCUUUUCCACCGCAAAAAGUCCAACACCACUGAAGCAUAG